AUGAAAGGUCAAACAACGUACUUAACAAAUCCAGAAGAGCCUGGUGAAGAACCCAAAAAAUUCACAUUCGACUACAGUUAUUGGUCUCAUGACGGAUUCGAAGAAAAACCAAACGGCUAUCUGGGAGCUACCAAUCCAAAAUAUGCUGAUCAGGUACUACAGAAAAAAAUUAUUUUGUCAGAAGUGUGAUCUUAUGAGAAGACUGAUGGGGUGAUUCUCUCAAGGAUGGAGGCCGGCUGCUCCUUUCUCACCAGUAGGCUGGGAGAUCAUGACCUGUGGAAAUCAGAAUCAUUCCUCAAGUUAUGGGAGUGUCAGCUCCCCUGACCCCAUGCAUAUGCCUGUCACACUGCUUCUUUCACUAUGACAUUUCCUUGCGGUGCAAGGACAGACUUAUGGCAGGGGGUCUUGUGACCACACCCCUUUUUUAAAAGGAUUUUUCCCUUUAAUUCAGUAUUUGAUGUCUUGGUGUGCUAUUGAUGUGGAUCUUCAUUUCAGCUACUCUUUGUAGAAAAAGCAUCACUCAAAGUCUGAUCCUUUUUUCCUCACACAAAACUCUAAACACAAUCACACAAUCACAGACAGCCACAGAAUUUGUAAAAAAAAAUUUGUUAUAGAGGAGGGGAGAUUAACAAAGUUAGGGGAAAAAAAAGGCUUCAAAUAAGAUUCAGACCUUUUGUGCCACAUUUGACUAAGAGAUUGUCUAUUGAUUUUAUAGAUGAAAGUGUAUAAUGAUCUUGGUAAAGGAGUUCUGACAAAUGCUUGGGAAGGAUUCAACACGUCACUCUUUGCCUAUGGACAGACUGGUUCAGGGAAAUCUUGGUCAAUUGUUGGAUAUGGUACAAACAAAGGUAACAUCAGUCCAUUCUCUCUUUCUUUUGCUUUUUUUUUUUUUUAUUAUUAUUUUUUGGUGUUAUUGACUUAACAUUUACAACAUCUCACUUUUAUUCACCUAGUUUUGAUUUCUACUGUUUUCCCAGUUCAAUGCAUUCAAUUUGUCUUAUUUACAGGUCCUUUAAAGGUAGAAUCCUGAACAAUGGUUGCUUGUCAAGUCUAGUAGUCACAUCUCUUUAGUAAGGAGAAUAUUGCCCCUGUAUAGGAAGUAAUUAAUUCCAAAACAAUUAUUCCACAUUUGAUUACAGGCAUUGUACCAAUCUUUUGUGAAGAAAUUUUCAAAGGAAUUGAUGAGAAAAAGCAAGGAGGAGAUGAGGCACAAUUUGAGGUACUGUUUAAUUUCUUAGAAUUCUGGCUAAAGAUAUUACACAAAUUUGUGGUUUAUCUGAAUUUUAAAGGAAAUUAAGAAACCACCAUUUUAAGGAACCAGUUUUGCCACACCUGCUGUAGUGCUGAGACCACCAAAUGCUACUUUGACAUCAAUCACGCUGCCACUUAUGUAUUUAUGUACUUAUUUGUAUGACGCUGCUGAGCUGACUUUUCUGCAGGACACAUAAGUGUUGUCCUUGGAAAUGCCAACAGCAGGAUUUAUUUGUCAAUAAAACCCUGUAAUACAAGAGCAUGCCUGGAUGGAUGCCAUACCAUAACUGAUCUCAGAGACUUCUGACAUAAUGUAUACAAAAGAUUUAAAGAGAUCAACAAACUUUUCAGGAGUAAAAUAUUGCUCACAGUUGAUGUUAAAUUGCAGGUGUUUUUCAGUAUGCUUGAAAUCUACAAUGAGAAGGUGCGUGACCUUUUGAACCCUUCCACCAAUAAGGGUGGCUUGCGGGUGCGCCAACAUCCUUCAAAAGGAUUCUAUGCUGACGGACUUAAGACUGUGCCUGUUAGUGAAUACAAAGAUAUUGAAAUGCGCAUGGAGGAAGGAACAACAAACAGGACUGUAGCAGCCACAAACAUGAACGCAACAAGCAGGUAUGUAAUCUAAAAAUCUGGUGUGGGAGGAAUUUUGAAUAUUCCUUCCAUGGAAAACUUUUACUGUUCCAAACCCCCAUCAUUUGGCCAAAAAUUUAUCAUUUCUUGCUCUGGUGAAGAAUGCUCUUGGUACUCGUAUAGCCCAGGACUUUGUCUUCAUGAAAAAAUCCAUCAUACUGGUUUACAGAUUUUUCAUUUAUGAUUUGAAUUAGUUUAAUUUUGAACUUGUGAAUUUUUCAGCCGUGCACACACUAUAGUUGGUGUGAAAUUCGUGCAAAAGAGGAAGAAUGAGGCUGGGGAGGAGACAGCUAAAACAUCUCUUAUCAACUUGGUUGACUUGGCUGGAAGGUCAGUGUUUUUUUUUUUGUCUUUGAAACUAUUUUUCCUGUUUCAUAACUUGCCCAAUAAGUGAGGUACAAAGGUCUUACCAGUAAAUGGGGUAUGCAUUCUUUUCAAGAGUUUUUAUGUGGGUAUCUGUCAACACCUGCAAAUCAAAAGCUACAACCUUAUUAGUCUUGCCAGCUCAUAUCUGCAGACAGAUUUCAUCAGCCUUAUAAAAAGUAGAAUAAUGUGCAGUUUUAAUUUACAGCAGUGCUAUAAGUUUUGCUUUUUGAAAAAGAAUUAAACUGACAAUAUAAGCAAAGUAAACCUAAACAAAUAUAAGGAAAGAAAAGUCCCCUUCAUGAAUCAUAAUUUCUCUGAAAUCCCUAAUUUUGUAUGAAAAAAUACUGGAGACAAGGUUUUAUCAACUCUUCAGGAAUCCUUUACAAUUUUUGGUUGUCUCAAGAUAUGAUCUGGUCCUUUCCCUUACUAAUCCUGAUUCUUUGAAGAUAAAAAAAUCCUACACCUCUGACUCCAAAAGAGUUGGCCCAUAGAUGUUACUGCACCAACAAUGAUGUUACCUGUAAGUAAUACUACCAAUUCAAAAUUAUCUUGCUGUCAAUAGUGAGAGAGCAGAUUCUACUGGAGCCACAGGAGAUAGACUGAAAGAAGGAGCAGCCAUUAAUCAGUCAUUGUCCAGUUUAGGAAAUGUUAUUGCAGGUCAGUGAUGAACUUAAACUUAUAAGCUGAUGGAAACAGGGGGGGGGGGGGUUGGCAAGAUGUUUCAAAGGUGGGAUAUGUGGUGAGGCAUGAGCAAAGAAUAUCAGGAAGUGUUAUUGCUAUAAGUUAGUGGUUUUUCACACCAGAAGGGAUGUCUCAAGCACUGUAAGACUCCUCAUAUAAAAUUAUUCUUUAAAUUUUCAGAUAUUCAUUUAUGUGAAAUUAGUUACCAGAAAUAGGGAAAUUUUUAGAGUAGCAAUUAUUUCAAUCCUAUGUUGUGAGACAAACAAAUGACUUUAAUAUGAAACUAUCUUAAUUAAUUCUCACUGGUAACUCAUUGAUUAAAUUUCAGCUCUUGUGGACAAGGCCAAUGGGAAAAAUGUUAGAGGUAAAGCUAUGAUAAUUUUAAUCAGUAACGCUCUUUAGAGAUCGUUAUAUAUUUUUAUCAUCAGCAAGAACUUUAUUUUCAGUUACUUACAAGUAUUUGUUUUCAAUUUUACAGUUCCAUUCAGAGAUUCAGUUUUGACAAAACUUUUGAAAAAUGCUCUUGGUGGGAACAGUAAAACCAUGAUGGUAAGGAAUGAACAAUUCCAUUUUCAAACUUGGCUUCUUUAACACUGUAGCCCCUAAGAGUGAUUAGCAUCUAAUUUCUCCUUACUACAUCACUACUGAAUCAAACACAAAAGUCAUGAGAAAAGAGGAGAAGAUCACCAUCAAGCACCUCUUGAUUGUUAAACAAAUUCUCCAUGUCAGCCUCUUUGGAAAUGUAUAGAGAACAGUGUGGAGAAUAUGCAUACUGAUGUUAGGGUGUAAAGGACUAAAGGUCCUAAAUUAAUUUUACAUUUCAUCAAACCAGAUUGCUGCCAUCAGUCCUGCAGACAUAAACUAUGAUGAAACUCUCUCAACCUUAAGAUAUGGUGAGUUUUAUUCUGUCUUCUUAUGCCUUAUUGGAAGAUUAUUUAGACCUCAAGUUUAUUAGCCUUUUGGCUAUAAAGUGCUGCCCUCUUUAAAUAAAGAGUGUACUUACUUACUUACUUAAACUAAUUUAUGAGCGCAAAAUCGUGCAAAAAAAAAAGAUGAUCGGCAUAGGCUUUUUUCAAAGAACUUAUUUCAAGACACCAGUCUAAGACUCUUUUUUAGCCAUUGUUUAGAAUCUUGGAGAAAAAUUAAGUUUUCCCUUCCUAUGCCACAAUAAUUUUGCGAUCAUUUUUAAAAUUACGCAAAACGGUGGAAACAAAAUUUCUAUAACGUUAACUGUGUAUCAUAACAGUAGAACAUAUCAAAAUUCAACUUCAUAAUUCUAUGACAGCUGACCGUGCUAAACAGAUCAAAACAUCGGCGAAAGUCAACGAGGAUCCUACAGAGAAACUGAUCAGGGAGUUGAAAGAAGAAAAUGACAAACUCAUGGAAAUGUUAAAGAAAGCUCAAGCAGGCGAAUCUGUGAAGAUAUCAGCCGACGAUGACGAUGAUGACGGCGAGAAGGAAGGAUUGUCUGAAGAGGAAAUGGCCGAACUCAGGAAACAGAUUGAAGAGGAGAUAAAAGCAUCUAUGGCACAAACAGAGCAGGAAACACAGGACAUGAAUAAGAGUUGGGAUGAUAGAGUUGCUGAAAAUAAAAAGGAUAUCAAGGUGGAACAUUAACUGUUCUGUAUUAGAUUAUUCAAAUAGUGUUUAAUUCGAAUCAUUGUGGCCACAAUUUUGUUGCGUAAAUGCCAGCAGGCUUCUUGACACCGCGAUUACCUUCUUGGUGGUUACAUAAGAGAACAUUUUUUGACCAGAGUUGUGAAACCAAACUAAAGGUAUUGCUGUACAACAGUUAAUAGGAACUCAACGGGCAUCAACGUGAUUUCAUUUCGCUGUUCUAGGAUAGUAGCCAUUUCACUUUGACAAACUUUGUAAUAGCCACCUCCUCAACCAAUCAGAUGCAUAGUUAAAAACUAAACGCGAGUACCCGACGCGUUUUCCCGCGCUUACUCUUGGGAAAGCUUGCUUGUUGUCUUUGUGAUCUUAUUUGGCUCUUUCUGGAUUUUCCGUUUUUCUGACUCGCGGUUUAGUUCACUACUUAGUUUUGGUUUGACAACACUAUUAAUCGUAAAGAGUACUCUAUGAGCAUGAUACCUCUCAAUAGUAGUACAUUUGCGUAUUUGUUUUUUCGUUCUGCGCAUUGAUAAUUUUUGUUUAUUUCUGACGUGUUUCCUUUGUGUUUCACCUGUCUUCCAUCAGGAUAAAGAAGCUGAAAAGAAAGAACGUCAGUCAACUCCUCAUCUGUGGAACUUGAACCCAGAUCCCCAGCUGACGGGAAUGAUUGUACACAUGGUUAAAUCAGGUAUGCUAUAUCAUCUUGAAUGAAGGUUAUGGCACUUUUCUGCUUUCUGUGAUCUCAAUUUGUUUUACUUUUCAAAUGCUAGGAGUCGUUAAAGUCGGCAACAAAAAGGGUGAUCCGCCAGCAGACAUUGUUCUUCAUGGAUUAAAGUAAGUUGUCUUAAACAUUGUCGGAUAUCAGCUUUCUUUACUCGACAACCGAGCCGUCCAUUUUCCUCCUCCACGAGUUCUCAAUACUCCUGUUUUAUUAGAAUGAGAUUCGUUCUAGAAAUUACAGUAGGGCGGGGUUCAAAUCCCUAGGGAGGAGAAAUCUUCAACAUCUUUUGUACCUUCUUUUUCUGGAGGACUACUCGUAAUUGACAUCGAAUUACGAUAAGUAUUUCUCAUUAUGUAAUUACCUAAUUUUUACCUAUUUCCGUAUCCGUCUUGGCUGUUUUUAUUUGUUUAGCAUCCUGAAGCAACACUGUGAAAUAAAAAAUGAAGGUUCUAAAAAGAUCACAAUCAAAACCUUUGGCGAAGCUAAAGUCCUCGUCAAUGGAGAACCGGUUGAUGAUGACGAAGAAGAAGAACUUCACCAUCUGGACAGGUAACCACCCGCUAGAAUGAUGGGAUAUGUUUGCAGAGUUUACGAUCGUAAUACGAGCUGCAAGGAUCAAUGUCAGUAUCUGAGCAACUGCGCACCCACCCUUCCCAUAAACCUCUAACCAACCUAACUCCCCUAACAACUGAUAACAAGUCAUUGUUAAUUUUGGGUUGGGGAAGGGUAGGUGCGCACCCGUGGGAACUGUUCAUAAAAUGUAGUGGAGUGUUCAGCGCUAGAUAAUGAAGACGAUAGUUCAAAAUAGUCACAAUCCUUCCAGUAUUAAGAGCAUCCGAGAGAGCUCAACCUCGCACGCCCUUACACGCAGGUGAUGCCGGAGCUAUUAGGUGUGAGACGGGCAUGGAAUAAUUUGACAACGGAACCUAAAGACUGACUUUAAUUUGACUGCAUCUUACAUGUGUUUUUUUUUUGGGGUGUGUCUGUAGAGUUAUGUUUGGCACAAGUCACCUUUAUGUCUUUCAUCAUCCUGCUGAGGCGCAGUCGUCUUCUUUGAAGCAGGCGGGCAUAACAUAUGAAAUGGCGCAGGAGGAAAUCGCCAAGAACGCCGGACUUGACGUGGAUGAUCAGGAGUCAAAAGGUGAAGAAGAUGUUGAGUUGGGUAGCUAUUGAUUUCGGUGGAUGAAUCAGUCAGUCCAUUUGACAGUGAAAUGUAAUGUCAGUUGAUCAGUCAGUGAGUGAGUCAGUCAACCAGUCAGUCGGUUGGGUGGUCAGCUGGUUUGUUAGUUACUCGGUCAGUCAGUUAGACAGUCGGUCCGGAUGUCAGUUACUCCUUCAUCCAGUCAGUGAAUCAGUCAGUUUAUCAAUUAGUCAGUCAGCUGUUAGUCAGUCAGUCAUUUAGUCAGUCAGUCAGUCGUUCAUCAGCCAAUUAGUUGGCUGUUCAUUGUAAAUCUAAGGAAACAUUUCCAGCUUUAGAAAUUCACUUCCUGUUGUCUUCAUAUAUUCAGAAGCAAUGUUGUUACGAGAAGAUCUGGCAGAUCUGAUGCCGAUGGUAAAUGAAGCAAAUGCCAUCAGUCAAGAGUUGGAUAAGAAGGUACUAAAAAAGAAUCUCCAUUUUGUAUCUUACAAUGCAAAUAAUACUGUGUGGCUACAUUUGUCCAAAGGAGCCUUUAAGAAAUCUUCAUGUGUCUGAUCUCUUUCCCUUAUCUUCCAGGUUUCGUUUGAAGUCUCUGUUGUUUCUGCCAAGGCUCGCGGACUUCCCGAAGGUAGACCCGAGGUACAAUCUCUUUGUGUUAUUUUGUCAAUUUGUGUAUAUCAGUAUGAGACCAUUCAUGUUGUCUGCUUCACACGAUAAACCCAUCUUGAAUUGUAACAUCAAGCAACAAGGAAUUCGCAAUGCAUGAUGUUUUAUUUUUUUUGCGUGCUAGCCAUACGUGGUCAUGCGGGACUUACAAACUGGCGUCGAAUACCUCUGGCCAAAAGCCAAGUUUAUCAACAGGAAAUACGUCAUGGACGAAAUGUACGAAAAUUUCGAAGACGGCGAUGAUUGGCAGCUCGAAGACGAGAAAGAUCCUUUUACUGAAAGCCCGGAUGUCGAGAGUCUGAUUGGCUGUGUGGCUGUUCCUAUGCAGAGUCUGGGAUAUGUGGUAAGCAUGCCCUUAUUGUUUGCUGAUGAUCUGUGUUAUUUUCUCUUAUUUUUAAUUAUCCUGGUUCCUUUUAGCUUAUUAUUGUCUCGAAAAUGUUAGUUUAAUAAGAGCUAGAUGAGUGUCGUUUGUUCGCUUGCUUUUUUCUUAUAAGACGUUUUUAUUUUUCUGUAGCCGUGAAGCCUAAAUCCAAAAAUACCUAGGAGUCUCCAGCCUUGCUUCUUAUUUUCACCCUUCCAUUUAUUUUCGUUACAACUUGAUUGAAUCGCAUCAAAGUUGAUAAAGUGACCGAUUGACAAUGGACGAGGACAUGGCCGGACUAAGUAGAUUUUUAUACCGUCUUUUAGAUUACUGAAUGCCGUGCACUGGUCGCUCAAGUUACUUAAAUCAUUAUUAAAAAUUGCCUCAAUUCGUUCCCAUAAGCUUCUCAUGUUUUCCAACCGUCUGAUUUUUCGUUUUAAGGCAAACAUGUCUUGAUUUCUUCUUGUUUCUCUUUCAGCUUGAUAUGAGAGAACAGCUAAGUAUCACUGAUUACAAAGGAAAAGAACUGGGCUAUCUUAAUGUAAGUACUGUUUCGCUUUCUUUUUCAUUCCAACCCGAUCCUUUUGCCUUCAACAUGGUGUCUAUGGCCUCUUCAGCAACUUUGAACUUGGCAUAUCUGUCUUUUCCCGUAGGUAGAAGUCGUUCCUUUAAACGAAAAAGGAAAAGAAAUCACAGAAGAAGAUGACAUCUUUAUUGACGAUCCUAGUCAACUGGUAAAUCUUUAUAAAUUCUUAAUCAAGCUGCGUCUUAGAUAAUCUCAUAACUGUAGUCUCGUCUCGCCACACACCACGUUUUUCAAACAACAAAUAGUGAGAGAAGCGUGUGACAAGACGAGACCAAACUGCAGUUGCAAAAAACUACAUCAUGAAAUCUGAGUCUUUGAAAAAAUACAAAACUAAAUUUUUCAAGUACGUCCUAACUCUUAACCAUCUUUCUUCCGCCUUGGUGCAUUUCUUAGUCUUUUCUGUUUUUCUCACCUACCGCUCUUUCAUCGAUGGCGUUGUAAGGAAUUGAUAGCUCUUGCAAGAAAAGAGGAUUCUCAAAAGAUUUGACAUUAAGCUCUUGGUGCGAACAGCUGAGGAAAUUUGAAAUGUGACAGUACGUGUUUCUCUUCUACAGGAAGGUAGAAAGCUUGUGUUUGUGGUGCGAGUGCAGAGUGCAAAGGGAAUUCCAAAGCGCUACACUGUAAGAUCUAAUUAUUGAUUUCCGUUUUUACUGCUUAGAUUAGACAAAGGGUGACAUCAGAGAGAUUUAAUGGGGACUGGUAAUUAAAAGUUUAAAAACUUCGCGGGGAAAAAGGGAAAAUUCCUUAAAAUGUGACCCAUAACUACUGGACCUCACCGGUUGAAGAAUGCAAGUAGGAUGUAGUCGAAACAUCGUGAACCACAUCAGAAGUUACUUCAUCGUGAGACGAUUAAUAACACUUCGGUGUUUUUGUAUUUCACCACUUUUUAUAUAUGACUGCUGCCUUUUAACGAUAUCAAGACUCUCUUUUUCUCAAAACAGGACGUGUACUGUAAAUAUUCCAUGUACCUUGAAGCGGAUCUUAAGACGGAAGUAAAAUCUGGAACAAGGAAUCCCGAAUUUAACUACGAAAGAACUUUCAGUUUUGAGAGAGUUCCACCGAAGGUAACUCAAAGUUUUAGGAGCUUCAAACUGAAUGCUUCCUCUUUCAAUUCCACUUUUGAAACUCGAGAACCAAACAGUUUUAUAGGUACAAUGUACCAUUUGAAAGUGCUUCUCUGUACCGUUCAUUUUAGGGUUUCAUGAACUGACUUUAAAGUUAGAGCCACCUUGUACAGCAUAAUAAACUGUACCACAAGAAAUACAGAAAGUAGCUUUCGUUUACGUGCUCACACACAAAGGUGUCAUCCUUACCAUAGACGGAGAAGUUAAAAUUAUUUGGGUAAGGGAUGCCAUGAUGUAAUGUGGUUGCAGAAGAUUGCUGUCAUUUCGAAACUCCUGGGACUGGUUAGCCAAAAUGGUGCACUAUUUUCGGAGUAGAAUGACAGUCUGAUAUUCAUGUAAGCAUAAUUUUCUGAUGACGGAAAUCUGAGAAAGUAGUAGCGGAGCUCGCAGCGCUCGUAGCGCGCGCAGUGUAACUCCUUACCUGUUAUUCUUACUGUACCACUCAAGCCCUUUUUGUUGGUCACAUUGAUUUCUUUAGUAGGGAAAGUGAGAUUAAAAUAGUCACAUCACUUCUCGUUAUUCCUUUUCAGUUAAUCCAGUUUCUGAAAAACAAGGAGGUCAUUAUACAGCUCUGGGGAAAGCAAGUGGUCGACAAGAAACCGGUCAACAAAACUGCCAAGAAAGGAAAAGAUACCAAAGCAAUUAUGAGAGCAGAAACACUAAAGAAAAACGUGAGCACGAACUCAAUACUACCUUAAGUUUUUCAGGCUGAUUUCACAACAGACUUAAACAGGAAUUAUUUCCUGUGAAGUACGUUGACUGCAAAAUUGAUUCAUUCUGUGAAACACUGUUCUGUAGGUGUCUCUAACUCCUGCUGUAGUAAAAGGAAUGGCAGACAAUGCAACAUUAAAGAAGCAGAACAAACGACUCCAAGACAAAAUGGUAGGUUGAUGACUUAUUUUUCAGUGUAUCGUAAAGUAACACCAUCCCGAGCGAUUGCCUAAUUUUUUUUCUCGGAGAGAGAGCUUUCCGUUUUCUCUUCCAACUGGUGAAUUUGGUAGGUUUCCAGUCGUUGGUGCAAUAACAAUACCUGCAAUCGCAGACUAAUCUUUGGCAACAACCCUUAACAAAAAUCUUUAGGACACUUCUAGAAACCAACCCUGUUCAAGUAAAUUCCCCAUGUUAAAUUGUUUCCCUAUCCAAAACAAUGUAUGUUAUCCACACAAAAAAAAUAACAGUACUUCACAAAAACCGUCUUAGUUAGCACGGGAGAGAUUCUAAGGAAAUUCUUGUAAACCAGAAAAAGUUCCUCAAAUUUCAAAGUCGAUGGUAGUAUUAUUUUUAGUGUAGAGUAUCGCACUCAUUUCCUGACGCAGGUUGUUAACCCGCGUUAUCUGCUUACAGGAACGUGUUGAUCUUUUAGACGAACUGCGAUAAUGCUCCCUGAACAAUUAUAACUUCAGUUCUGUUGUCUUUCAGAAUCAUCUUCGCCAGCUCUGUGACAAGAAACAGUCCGAAGGCAAAAGUGAUGUACCGGUAUGUGCACUGUCUAUGUUGACGAUGAAAACAUUUAAAAGUAGUGUGUUACAGUUCACUCUCACAUGGCUUUAUUUAUUCCCUGUAGGGGUGAGCUUUUGUGUCCGAGUGAUUGGACAAUUUUGAAGAAAAACAUGGAAAACCCUUGCCCGUCUCUAAAAAAACGCCAUGUGCACCCUUAAAUUUGAAAAAUGUACCACCGUGCUGUUGGUCAAUGACAAUUACCCCCCUCCCCACCCCUUAAAGUGUAACAGUCCAUCAUAAUUGUCAGUUUCCAAGAAGGCUAAAGUUCGAUCCUGGACGCUGUCGAUAUUGCUAAUCCUAACAGUAUACAGGACGCUUUUCAAAUGUGAACCUGGCAUAUGGUCUGACGUGCCAAUGUCCUUGAAGCUCAGGAGUUUGUGGAGAAUUUGACCGCGAAAUCGGAGCUGGCCAGGGACUGCUUCCUCUUGAGACAAUCAUUUCGUAGCCCAACGUGCGUGACAGAUGAUCAUCCUCUUAUUCAAUCAUUUGUUUCCAGAUAUCCGAACUGCGGGCCAUUAUCGGAGAAAUGAAUUCAAACACUCAGACGACUGCUCCUCAUGCCUCCGCUCCUGCAACAACGGGUCGAGCUCCUGCAGAGAGAAGAAAUGAGAGCAGCGCAUGCACCAUCUUGUAACCUAAUUCUGUUGAGACUCAGUAGCCAUGACUGUUUUCACAGCUCAAUAGCGAGCUUACGUGGACGUGUGAGAGCUUCGUGUGCGCAGGGCCUUGUAAUAUCCUGCACGAGAACAAAUACUUUUCAAUUGUGUUGUGAUGAUUUCUAUGUAGCAUUCGUCUUCUCGUCUCUAAGUUGGCUUUAAGAGACCACAUUCUCCAGCUCUUUCCUGAGCGUACCACGACACACCAGCAAAUUCUAAUUCUUUGAGUGUCAUUUAAAUAGUUUCAAUAUAUAAUAAAAUAGUUCUGGUCCUCUCGAUGCUGGCCAGCAAAAUAUUCUUCAAUGUACAUAACACAGAUACGCAGUACACGAGAUGUUGAAAUUUUACAAGUUCAUCAUACGUCAUUUACAGGUGCUCUUAGACCCUAAAAAUAGAGAGGAAAAGAAAAUCCGUAGGAUUUCUUAGCACGAUUGAAAAGUAAUGGGGCGAUUUGAAGUAAAAACAGAAGGA